UCACUGCCUCGGCGGCCGCCCCGGGAGCCCCCCGCCAGCCCCCCGGCCGUGCCCCCGGGGCCGAUGCCCACGCGAAGCAUGGGCAGAGAGCCGGCCUUCAGCAGCCUGGGGUGACACGGCCCCGGGCAGGACGGAGCGGUGCCGGGGGCUCCGGGACAUCCCACUGCAGAGCAUGCGAGAGCCCCCGGGGCGCUGAGCCGAGCAGCGCCGGCCGGGGCGGGGAGGAGCGGCCAGCGGGGGGGUCCCGGUGGAUGGACCCGCCAGGGCAGGCCCCCGAUGUCGGCGCCACUGCUGCUCUGGGUCGUUCUGCUCCGCUGGGCCAGCGGCGGGGGCUUCAUCCGGGGAGGCAGGACGUGGCAGCACUGCACAGACCUGCGCCCGCUGGACAUCCUGUCGGAGGCGGUGCCGGCCGGGGGGCCGGCCCGCGGCAUGCGGGUCUUCCAGGUGCAGGGGGUGCGCGGCUUCCAGCUCUCCGCCUCGCGGCCCCGCGCCCUGGGCUUCCCCGCCUCGCGGCUCUUCAUCCACUGCGACCGCUUCCCCGAGGAGUUCUCCAUCAUCGUCACGCUGCGGGCGCUCCGCCGCCCCGCCAAGAGGAACGAGUACAUCUUCACGCUGAUGGUGGAGGAGAGCCCCAGCGUCCUGGUGGGGCUGCGCUACGCCCCCGACAAGCUGCACUUCCUCUUCUGGAGCCAGGAGCGCGCCGGCGGCUGGCAGACCCGCGUCACCUUCCCCAACGUGUCCCUCUCCGACAACCAGUGGCACACGCUCGUCCUGGCUGUCUCCGGCCAGUCCUUCUCCUUGACAGUGGACUGCAGCAUCCCCAAGGAUGUCGUGGUGGAGACACCAUUUCCAGCCUCGCUGUCGGUGAGGAGAGCCAACUUCUACCUGGGCAACAGGCGGAGGAGGAAAGGCGUGUUCACGGGCUUGCUGAGACAGCUUGUCCUGCUGCCAGGAGCUGAUGCCACCCCCCGGAUAUGCCACGCCGUGAACUUCAAAGUAGCAACGCUCUCUGUCCCCAGUGUCCUCCAGGACGUCCCUGCGAGGCCAGUGAGCAACGAGGUGCUCAAAUACCCCUACGAGGCUGACAUGAAGGUGACCCUGGGGGCCCGGCCACGCUGCUCCAAGCAGGAGAAGGCUCAGUUCUGGUUCAAUGCCUCCCGGCGAGGGCUGUACCUCUGCAACGGCAGCACCUGGGUCUCCAUGCUGGAAGUCCAACACAGGCUGGACUACGUGGAGGAAUACCAGAACCUGGUGACCAACUCGGAGACAAUGGGCAUUGAGGUCUUCACCAUCCCAAGGGUGGGGCUGUUUGCAGCCAUGGCCAACCGGCUCACGCCCCCGGGGUCGGCCAUCUACAGGUGGACCGACGGGAAGUUUGUGCACUACCAGAACAUCCCCACCUACCAAGCUCAGUCCUGGAAGUAUUUCACCAUUGGGAAGAAGAUCUUCCUGGCAGUGGCGAAUUUUGAGCAGAAUGAGAGGGGUCAGGAGUUCUCUGUAAUAUUCAAGUGGAGCCGCAGGAAAGCGAAGUUCAUCACGCACCAGCGGAUCGCCACGCACAGCGCCAGGGACUGGGAGGCCUUUGUCAUCGAGGGAGAGGCUUUCCUCGCUGUGGUCAACCACAGAGAAGGGAACAACCACAACAUAGACAGCGUGAUAUACAGGUGGAACCCCAGGACAGGGCUGUUUGAAACCAACCAGACCAUUCCUACCUCUGGAGCCUACGACUGGGAAUUCUUCACCAUUGGACCAUAUUCCUUCCUGGCUGUAGCUAACACAUUCAAUGGCACGUCCACUAAGAUCCACUCACACAUCUACAUCUGGCUCAGUGGCUCUUUCCAGCUCUUCCAGUCUAUCCUGACAUUUGGUGCAGCUGACUGGGAGGUUUUUCACAUUGGGGACAGAGUCUUUCUGGCUGUUGCCAACAGCCACAGCUAUGACAGCGGGACGCCAGCACCCUCCAACUUCUAUGCCAUCAACUCCACCAUCUAUGAGCUGAACAUCACAGCCCAGAUGUUUGUUAAAUUCCAGGACCUUCUCACCUACAGUGCCCUGGACUGGGAGUUCUUCUCAGUGGGAGAUGACUCUUUCCUGGUGGUAGCGAACUCCUUCGAUGGCUUCACCUUCUCUGUUAACAGCAUCAUCUACAGGUGGCAAGGCUACGAAGGCUUCGUGGCAGCCCACCACCUCCCCACGGUCGGCUGUAGAGACUGGGAGGCGUUUCACACCGCUGAGGGCUCCUACCUGUUCUACUCCAGCGCUAAGGAGCCGCUUUCCAAGGUGCUCAAGCUGAAAACCACCUGAGGCAGCUGAGACACGCUCAGCUCAUCGCCAGGACCAGAGCAAGCUGGGCAGCCAGGUGAAGAUGGACCGCAGAGCCCAGGAAUGGCUGCAGCAUCAGCUGGGCAGUGGCUGGCUGUUUGCUCUGCAGGAAGGGAGGAGGAGGAGGAGGGGGGAGCUCCAGGCUCCCUGCAGCCUUGUCCAGGGGUUGUUUCUCCUGGGAAAGCUCUGCCACCAUGCUCCAGAGCCAUGUCCUACCCAAGGUUCCUGGAGGCCAGGUGCAUCCCCUGGUUUACCAGGACCAUGAUGCUUGGCAAUUUGCAGUCCCCAGGAGGGACCCAGAGCUGCCAGUAGCCGUGGCCAAAGCUUGCACAAAGCCAGGGAAGGAAGAGACAGAGCAGAGCGCGAGCUGCUGGGAUGGGUGCAUGGCAGAGGGGAGUAAACACGUGAGAAAUGGCAGAAAAAAAGCAUGUCCAGGCUUGGCUCUGUCUGCCUGGGGCUGUGAUGUUCCCGAGGACCAUCUGGUUUGACAUUGCAGCCAUUCUUCGUGUCACCUUCAUGCCACUGCCACAGGUGCCUACCCACCCACUCUGCCAUGGCUGGGUUGGGCCUCCCUCAACAAGUGUUGUGUGUGUUGUACAGGCCUGUUGUGUGUUCGAGGGCCAGUGCUGGUCCUUGCUGGUCCAUGCACCUUUGCCUGGGGUUAGGGACCCCUGAAAAAACCUGCUUUGCAUUUGGACCCAUCCAGCUACCACGGGAAUGGGGAAAACCCAAACCUGCUUCAGGUGAAACUGUGGCCUCUUUUCUUUUCCUCACCUUUGCUGGGGGACUCUCUUGCUUAACCAGAGCUCUAAUAAACUGUGUGCACCCA